GUCGCCGCCCUGGCAACAAGCUGCAAAAAAAACCAAAAAAAACAUCCGCCCUGUCUUCAUCAGCAUCAGCUGGCCCCGUUUGAGACGCAGACAGUUUUAAUGUGGACUUUCAUUUGAAUCUAAAAUGGACAGUUUGCCAGCAGGAGGUCCGCGGUAUCUGAAAAGGAGAGUGAAGGGAUGUACUCUUGAGGUCCACCCCACUGAGAGAGCCCUCGUGGUUCAGUAUGAGGUGGAGGCCACUGUCUUGGGAGAGCUGGGGAACCCUAUGGUUGGAGAACGCAAAGAGUGUCAGAAAAUUAUUCGCCUGAAAAGCCUGAACGCCCACACAGAUACGUCCUCUUUGGCCCAGAAGGUUGUGGAGGAAUGUCGUCUGAUUCCCUCGUCCAAGCUCCACGAGGUGGAGCAGCUGCUCUUCUAUUUGCAAAACCGCAAACAAUCAAAUGACAUCCAAGAGAAGAAACGCAUCUCACCUCAAGACUCCACACCUUACGCAGGAGUGGAGCUGGACGAGGUGGCGAGCAUCAACAGCAUCGAUGAGUAUGUGGAGCUGCUGUAUGAGGACAUCCAGGAGAAGAUCAGAGGAGCCACGCUCAUCUUCCAACUGGCUCGCAACCCGGACAACCUGGAGGAGCUCAUACAGAACGAGGCGGCCCUUGGAGCCCUGGCCAGAGUUUUGAGGGAGGACUGGAAGCAAAGUGUGGACCUGGCAACAACCAUCGUCUCUGUCUUCUUCUGCUUCUCCAGUUUCUCCCAGUUCCAUGGCCUGGUCACACAUUUCAAGAUUGGGGCCCUUUGUAUGAAUAUCAUUGAGCAUGAGCUGAAGAGGUUCGACCUCUGGCAAGACGAACUACAGAAGAAGAAGAAGGCCUAUGAAGAAUUCUCUGAGAACCAAAAUCUGAAGAAGGAACACGAGAAGUCUUUCAGAAAGUACCAGAGCCUUCUGACCAAGCAGGAGCAGCUUCUCAGAGUUGCUCUGUGCCUGCUGCUGAACCUGGCUGAAGACACCCGCACUGAGCUGAAGAUGAGGAACAAAAACAUCGUCCACACGCUGGUGAAGAUCCUGGACCGGGAAGACGAGGAGCUGCUGCUGGUGGUGGUGUCCUUCCUCAAGAAGCUCUCCAUCUUCCUGGAGAACAAGAAUGACAUGGCUGAAACAUUUGCCGUGGAGAAGCUGGCUCGGCUGGUUCCCUGCGAUCACGAGUACCUCCUGAGCACCAGCUUGCGCCUCCUGCUCAACCUAUCCUUCGACACGUCGCUGCGCAGCCAGAUGGUCCAGACAGGACUCCUUUCCAAGGUCUCCUCACUGCUCGCUGACGAGGCCCAGAGACAGCUCAGCAUGUGCAUUCUGUACCACAUCAGCAUGGACGACAGAUUCAAGUCCAUGUUUGCCGACACAGACUGCAUACCGCAGCUGAUGAAGAUGGUGUUUGACUGUGGGGAGGAGACGAUGGAUGUUGCGCUCAUCUCGCUCUGCAUCAACCUGGCUGCUAACAAGAGCAACGCAAAGGUCAUCUGUGAAGGCAACGGUCUGAAGAUGCUGAUGAAGCGUGCUGUGAAGCUGAAGGAUGUUCUGGUGAUGAAGAUGAUCAGAAACCUUUCUCAGCACAACGGACCCACCAAGAGCCUCUUCCUGGACCAUGUCGGUGACCUGGCAGCUGAGAUCAGUGAGGAGGAGGCGGAGGAGUUUGUGAUCGAGUGUCUGGGCACGCUGGCCAAUCUGACCAUCGCCGACCUGGACUGGGCUCUGGUCCUCAAGGAGUACAACCUGGUGCCCUACCUGAAAGACAGAAUUAAACCAGGUUCUGCUGAGGAUGACCUCAUUCUGGAGGUGGUGAUCAUGAUCGGCACCGUGUCCAUGGAUGACUCGUGUGCAGCCAUGUUGGCCAAGUCUGGGAUCAUUGCUGCUCUUAUUGAGCUGCUCAACGCCCGUCAAGAGGAUGAUGAGUUUGUGUGUCAGAUUGUCUACGUCUUCUACCAGAUGGUCUUUCACAAAGCUACCAGGGACGUCAUCGUCAAAGACACUCAAGCGCCUGCGUACCUCAUCGACUUGAUGCACGAUAGCAACGCCGAGAUCCGCAAAGUCUGCAACAACACGCUGGAUAUCAUCGCUGAAUAUGACGAGGAGUUGGGAGAGAAGAUCCAGAAUGAGAAGUUCCGCUGGUACAAUUGCCAGUGGCUGGAGAUGGUGGAGAACCGUCCAAUGGAUGAGGCGGAAGAGGACUUCCUGUACGGGGAGGACGGAGAAUCCUUCAUCGGGGACAGAGACCUCCUGGAGAGACCCGAUCUGUUCUACAGCGCCGAGGGGAUCAUCUCAGCAGACGGUGCCAUCAGUCCCGAGUUCUACACCGACUUGAGCAGUUUGUCGGAGCAGUUUGUCCCAGCAGAUCGACCUGUCAGCGCCUACGGCUUCCGCCCAGACGAGCAGUUUUUCUUCAACUACAACACCGCCUCCCGGUAAACCUGGAACCCCUGACACACAAAACACUGUACAGGCGUCGUGCCCACUGGGCCACUGAAGCUGCAUCUUGAUUGUGGAGGAAUAGCAUUGACAGGUGUCUUUUCUUUGAGCAUCGCUCAGCGCUUUAUAUGUCGUCACAGCAAAAUAAUUAUCACCAUAAGGGUCAGUCAGUCUGUUCAUGAGGCAAACAGGAAGUGUCCUUUUCUUGAUGUUGGAGUACCAAAAGUAAUUUUUCUUAUUUGAAUAUACCGGCACUGAUUCAGGGGAAACUGCUGGAACAAACAACUGCACAGAGAAUAAGUUGAAUUACCCCACCCACAAAAUCCUCAAGACUCCAUAUGAAAGUAUGUGAUUUAUUCAUAUUAUUUAAAUAUUUUACACUUAAAACAACUAAAAAAACUCACAUAUUAAGGUCGAUCUUAAAUUUCAUUUGACUUUUAUUCAGAUGAAUUUGUAAAUAUUUUAAUAUUGCUUAUGUGAUUCAAGAACAAGUGCUGUGAAUCAAAGCUUAAUACGUCUGUUUCGUGAUAAACUAGGCAGCUGUUGAUUUAACACUGAACUGCGUUUUUCAGAUUUUUACCGUCACGUUUGACACAAACGAAUGUUUUUUUUGUAACCACAGCCUGCCUAAUGUGAUCGUUCAUGAACGCUACUUCAGGCAAAGAAAAUACAUAGAAAGAGAUAAGUGCGUUUUGAAUCUGGUGAUAUUCUAAAAAAAUGUUCUGAUGUCAACAAAUGCCAUGCGCAGACUCAAACCAACAAUGUGUUGGUGCGUCUCAAUACUUUCUGACUUCCUGUCUGUGUCUCUCAGCUCCAAGCCCAUUGGUACAUAUUAACAUCAACCUUUAAGUAUAUAGUUCCCUUAAAGCAAAAAAGGCUGUAAUCUUAAACAGCUAGUCAUAGUACUUUUAUCAAACAGGAGGAAAUAGUGCAUUUGUUGGGGACUAUUUUCAGCAGCGGAUUAAUCCACAUUUGGAGCUGUAGUGAGUACUUGUGGCAGCAGGAUGGUGCGUGUGGGAUUGAGUCAAAAUAAACUAGUGUGUAUUCAUGGUGGUGAAGGAACAUGUCAUCCAGUGCAACAGUGUGGCUCAUUGAUGUGUUUUUAAAGGAGCUCUAUGGCUCAGAGGAAGAAGACACACUGGGCUCUGACACACACACACACACACAAUACUUGUUAGUAGACGAUAGUAGAUUCACUGUCGGUUGGAUUUAUUAACAAGAGGAAAACAUCCUUUAACAGAGAUAAUAUUUUAUAGACUUAAAACCAGUCUGGCUCACUGGCUGGCGUAUUUAUUUAUU